AUGAAAGGAAAUGAAGACUGCCUUGCAAUUUGGGAAGAUGGAACACUAAAUGAUGCCGAUUGUGCACACCUUUUUUCUUUCAUUUGUAUGGAAGUUCGUGAAAAUAUACAAUCACUUGGACUAGCUGAAGGGAUUGGCAUUGGGAUUGGUAUUUGUGUUGGGGUAGCGAUUUUAGUGCUGGCAGUUGUGCUUGUGUUUAAGUUGCGUUGCAAAACACGAUCACCCACUAGGAGUCAAGUAGAAUCUGGAAACUGCCAUGACAAAGAGAACCAAACACAUGCAAACGCCGUUGAUCACAACAUGAUUGGGACAAAGGCCGGGGAUGUCAAUCUGGCGGAGUUCACUGAAAGUGUCUAUGAGUAUGAAGAUGUUGUAAUUCAACAAGAACAAAACGCUGUUUACGACAACGACAACGACGAAGGCCUGUACACAGAAAUUCUGGACUAA